CACUCACUUAUAAAAGUUCUCAAUUAAAUGCUUAAAAAAGGCAUACACCUCAUUAAGGACAAACAAAAGGCAGACUGGAAUCAUCAAGUGUUGUUUAUUGGUGAACAACAUGGUGGAGUAUAAAACAAACAGCCCAUUCAGAUUUAGCCCAUUCAAAUAACUAUCCUAUACCUGCUUCUACCCCCAUAGAGAAAGACUGGGUGACAAACAUAAACAGCUGUAUUGAAGGAAAUUACCUCCCAGAACUGCUGGAAGACCUCCAGUGCCGACACAUUCAUCCAUCUCUCCAAGUUUAACACACCAAUGAGAGCGAGAGCAUGAAAGAGGGGCAGAGCGAGCCGACAGGCAGAGACAGAAGUAGAGAGGUAGGGGCAGAGGACGCAUGGAAGUUGUAAACCUGUGAAUGCGAUAGAUGAUGCGGAAAAAAUAUCCAAGAAUCUGUCCAAAUCAUCAAGAAAGAGGAAUUUUCACUGAAUGAAAUGCUAAAAACGUGGGACAACAUUUGGAUUUUUCCCCAUAAAGGAAGCCUAUGAAUUUUUUGUGUUUCUGUGCACAUAUAAAAUGAGAGAAGCCACAAUCAGGGAGACAUGUUAUAACAUCGGGAAUUGUAACAAAUCAUCAGGAAUUGCAACGAGGCAGAAGUAACAAGAUUCUGUUUGUUUAAAGAAGGAAAAACUACAGAGCCAAACUACAGAGAAUACAGGAUUUGGGUUAAUAAACAAAGGAAAGCGACACAGAUGGACGAUACCUUACUUUCCUUGCGAUUACUCAAAUAAUGAUUCUGUAUGAAGGGUAAAACUUCAAAAAAGGACAAAGCUUGCUGCAUGUAGAUGCAAAAUUUAGACACAAAAAGUGAAUUUUUUUGUAAGCAUUUGGUUCAAAUUUUGUAGCAGAUGGGAAAGCAUCACUUGAAUUGAACCUACCACCACCCUCUGAUCAGACAAUGCUGGCCAAGCCUUUGGAAAAACUUGAAGCACAACUUGCCAAAGCAGCACGGCCGGCCAUAGCAUCAUGUCUCAGAGAGAGGUGAUACUGCUGGAGCUCAACCAAACAUGGAGCACCGAUGGAGCCUUUAUUCAGUCCGGUGAACGACUGCGUUGGGCUGCAUUGCUUAUCCUUUUGGUCAUUAUCCCAACAAUUGGUGGAAACAUCCUGGUCAUUCUUGCAGUAUCAUUGGAAAGAAAACUCCAAAAUGCCACAAACUUUUUCCUGAUGUCUUUGGCUGUGGCAGAUCUACUGGUGGGUGUGUUAGUCAUGCCCAUUGCUCUGGUGGCUGUGCUCUUUCACUCUAGGUGGCCUCUUCCAGAUUUCCUGUGCCCUAUCUGGCUGUUUCUGGAUGUCUUGUUCUCAACAGCCUCAAUUAUGCACUUGUGUGCAAUCUCCCUUGACCGCUACAUAGCUAUCAAGAAACCCAUCCACCACAGUCGGUUCAAGUCUAGAGCCAAAGCACUGGCUAAAAUUGCAUUUGUCUGGCUGAUCUCUAUAGGUAUUGCAAUACCCAUUCCAAUCAAAGGGCUACAGGUCUCCAAUUAUCCAAACAUCACCUUCAACACCAACCACACCUGUUUGCUGUCCCCAGAGGGUUUUGGGGAUUUCAAGGUGUUUGGCUCACUGACGGCUUUCUUUAUACCUCUUGCAAUCAUGAUGAUUAUUAACCUGUUGACAAUCCAAGUACUGCGCAAGAAGGCCUAUCUUCUGAGAUCGAGAGCUACAAGGGGUACAUUUUCCACUGUCGUACAACAGGAACCAUCAGUUCCUUCUCCAUCUGAGAAAUUAUUUAUUCUAGACGGAAAUAAAAACAAUCGAAUACAGAGCCCCAUUAACCCGGACAACCCCAUCACAAGUAAUGACGUCCCUAUUCGCAGGAUGUCCACUAUAGGAAAGAGAUCAAUGCAAAACCUGAGCAAUGAACAAAGGGCCUCAAAGGUCUUAGGGAUUGUAUUCAUGUUGUUUGUUGUGAUGUGGUGUCCUUUCUUUAUUACUAAUGUGACGUCUGUACUCUGUAAAGGGUGUAAUAGCAAUCUAGUGGAACACUUGUUGGACAUCUUUCAAUGGGUGGGUUAUGUUUCAUCGGGCAUCAAUCCUCUGGUCUACACCUUGUUCAACAGGACUUUCCGGCAGGCCUUUACACGUUACAUAAUGUGUAAUUACGGCCGUGCAAAGACUCCAAAAAUGCACAGAAGAACCAGAAUUUAUUUUCGGUCAUCUGUGGCAGAAAACUCAAAGCGGUUUAUGAAACAUGGCAUUAAGAAUGGGAUCAGCCCUGUGAGUUAUCAGACUCCUCUUCCCUGUCGCCCAGCCCAUGUUCAGACUUCCGCAAACAUAACGUUGGACAUGUUGCUCCUGACACAGAAUGAAAGCUGCAAACCUGAUGAAAAUGUAAGCUAUGUGUAACACAUUUGGUUGAAUCAGGAGUGAAUCGCAAGCAUAUGUGCCUUUUUUGAUCAUCAGUGUCGAAAACCUGGAAAGGUGUUCAACAGAACUGGCUUAAGCCUCAAGUUGGAAAAAAGAAAGGCACACAAGUAUGACAUCCAAGCUUUCGGGUGUGAAAAAGGCAGCCUGUAAAAACAUAUCUGAACUUACGGGUAUGUUGGUCGACAGGGUGUGCAAUGUGAAGCCAAAAUAAGACAUAAGCAAGAUAAGAAAAAAAAUCCAAAUCAUAGCAGUUUUUUAUUUUUAUAAAGCAUCUGAUAUUAAAAUAAAAAAUUUUAAGAGCUUUUUUAUCUGUAUAUGUACAAAAUAAUUAUCUAAAUUUAUGCUGUUUUGAAAAUGCUUUCCAAAUACUGCAAAAAACUUUUUUAUACGCAACAAUUAUGAGUAAAACAAUGUUUCUGGUGUAUUAAAUGUGCCAAAAGUAUUUUUUUUCUGUUAUCAUUCAGUGAUGCUUAUUUUUGCAUUUGGCAGAAACUGAUCCAAAAUGACAUUAAGCACUUUUUGUCAGUUUGUAGAUAAAAUGAGAGUAUAAAAUAUAAGUUCUGGAGUAUCACAGCCUAUCCUGUUGGCCAAAUCAGUCACAGAUCCAGGAGUAAACUCACAGAGUAUCAUGAGGGCUUGCUAAUAAUUUUAACACAAAAGAUGGAUAUAAAAUAAACUGCCUCAUUGAAUACAUUAAAAUAACAUCAAUGUGCAACAAGACCCAUUAACAACCUCAAG